AUGGGCCAUGUGCUCGACAAAUCAUUUUCAUCUGAGGAUGCAUGUAGAAUGCUCCCUGCUUUAGAAAUGCUAAUAAGUAGCGUCAAUUGCAGAAUUUAUAGUGAAACAUCUAUCAAGGAUUAUAUUACUCAGAAAAUAAAUUUGUCAACCUUGACAGAAAACGCGGAGUUUUGUGGAAUGUUCAGCACUGAAUUACGUCUCAAGCACCUAAUUAGCUUAUAUGAAAGGGUAGAAAGUAUGAAGACAUACUCUUUUGAUGACAUAGAUAAUAAGUAUAAAAAGUCAUUAUCGCAGCACAUGGAAAUGCGGCUACUUAGAGUUAUUGACUUUGACGAACAAUUUCAUAAUCAAAUUUCUUCUUGUGAAUUAUUGAUUGCUUUGGAACGAUUUUUGGUUCGCUACCUGAUGGUAGAGUCUUCAGAGUAUAUAGCCACAGAAAAUAAGCUAGCAGACUAUAUAAAUGAUGAAAAUUUCAGUUGUUGGCCUUCGAUCAGUUCAUUAGAAUUUGCAAAAAAAAUUGUUUCCAUCUGA